AUGUUCGCCAACUGCAAAAGCCCGUUCUGGGGCAGCCAUGGCGACGACUUUUCGCCGUGUUUCGAGCAAGAUUAUCUCCUCACGUUAUUCCCACUCAUCGUUUGCGGAGUGUCCGUCGUCUAUCUCUUAAUACAGCUAUAUUUCGCCGCCACCGCGAGCAAGUACUCCCACGCCUACAGUGUACUCGAAGACCCACGAAAUCCCUGGUCGCUCCGCAGCCCCCACUACGAUGGCGAAGACCCCGAUAGCGAGGAGGACGAGGACGAGGACGAGUUCGAGCGCAAUGAGGGUCUUGCGCUUGACCCGACUACCAGCCGCCAGGCCGUGUCCGCCAUGACGGUAAACAAGCCGCGAGGACAAGUCACGGUCGUGGUUCUGGAAGAGGCCGCUGUACUGGCACAGCUGGCUAUUCACAUCGCUGUGCUUUGGCUGAAUAUCUGGGGCAAGCACGGCAGAAUCGCUGCGAUCGCAAACAUCGCAGUCUGGUCCUACAUCGCCACGCUCGCCUCACUGCGACUACUCUUCACCAGCACCAGCAGAUUCUCCUUCUCCAAGCUGUGGUACCAUACUGCUUUCAUCUACGGAUUCCAGUGGGUCCUGAGUGUCCUCGUUUUCCGAUCGGCCAUCAUCCACCCGCGCUCCCAGCUCCACCAAAAGCUCACAAUCGCCGACUUCGCCCUCACUUCGCUUCUCUUUCUUCUCUCGUUGUGUUCGAGGAAGGGCAACAAGACCGUGGAGUUAGAGUACGAGGGGGAUAUUGCGCCAGCGCGAGAACCCACCGCCAGUGUCUUUUCGCUUGCUACGUUCAGUUGGGUAGAUCCCAUUGUCUGGACUGGUUACAAGAAGACGUACGAGCUUACAGAUGUGUGGAAUCUGGCACCAAAGGACAAGGCAGCGGUAGUCAUUGACAACUAUCGCCAAGUGAAGCGAACCUCGGCCCUUGCAUAUCAUCUAUUGAAAUACUUCAAGAGAGGUCUUCUCAUUCAAGCGAGCUGGGCUGCUAUUUCGGGCUUCCUCACUUUCGCUCCAACUCUGCUGUUGAAGGCCAUUCUCGAGUACAUUGAGAAGCCCGAAUACACGCCCCGUAAUGCCGCCUGGUUCUACGUCAUUCUACUUUUCGUUUCAGGCAGUCUGUCUGCACUUGCUGAUGGCCAAGCCCUUUGGAUUGGCCGCAAGAUCUGCAUCAGGUUGCGAGCGGUAAUAAUUGGAGAAAUCUAUGCCAAGGCGCUCAAGCGCAAAGCGGCUGCCGGUACCGACAAGGUCUUGGGUGAAGAGAAGAAGAAGAAGGAAGAGGAUCAGGAACCGAAAGGACUCAAGCGUUACCUGACGUUUGGCAAGAAGAAGGACAAGACGCCUACUGAGACAUCCAAGGAAGACGACAAGGAGUCUGGUGGAGAUGCUCAGGUUACAACAGGUGCAAUCAUCAACCUCAUGGCCGUCGACGCCUUCAAAGUUAGCGAAAUCUGCGCGUACUUGCACUUUUUGUGGGCCAACACUCCUGUCCAGGUUGUGGUGGCAGUCUACCUACUUUAUCGCAUUCUCGGUUACAGCUCGAUUGCAGGUAUUGGCAUGAUGAUCAUCCUUCUUCCGAUCAACAUGUACGUGGCCAAGCAGUUCUCCAAAAUUCAGAAGCUCAUCCUUGCGGCUACUGAUGCACGUAUCCACACCACUAAUGAGGUGCUUACCAACAUUCGGAUCAUCAAGUUCUUCGCCUGGGAACAGCGUUUCGUUGGCUUGGUCAAUGCGAAGCGCUACACGGAGUUGAAGCAUCUUCGAACACGAUACAUCUUGUGGGCUGUAGCAGCUACCAUCUGGUCUGGAUCCCCAGUCUUCAUCACUUUCCUCUCCUUUUACGUCUACACUAAUGUAGAGCACAAGCCUCUAAUCCCAUCCGUCGCCUUCACUGCGCUGUCUUUGUUCCAGAUUCUGCGGAUUCCCCUGGAUCAACUCGCUGAUAUGGUUGCACACGUUCAAGAAUCCAAGGUCUCAGUGGAUCGUAUUGAGGAGUAUCUCACCGAACCUGAGACAGAAAAGUACAAGCAACUUGUUACGCGCAGAAAGGACGAGCACGGCGACCCACUUAUCGGAUUCGAGAACGCAACUUUCAGCUGGGGCGGCACUGACAUGUCAGACAAGACAGCGGCAGAUGCUUUCAAGUUGAUGGACCUCGACAUCAAGUUCCGCGUCGGCCAGCUCAACGUUGUAGCGGGACCAACUGGCUCUGGAAAAACGUCCCUCCUGAUGGGUCUUUUGGGUGAGAUGACAAAGCUCAAGGGCGACGUAUAUCUGCCUGGAGGACGCAGUCGCGAGGACAUCCGACCGGAUCCCGCGACCGGCCUCACCGAAAGUGUGGCAUACUGCGCGCAACAAGCUUGGCUUGUCAACGGCACUGUCAAGGAGAACAUCAUCUUUGCCAGCGAUUUCGACCAGAAACGCUAUGACGACGUCAUCGUAGCCUGCUCCCUGAAGCGUGAUCUGCAGAUUCUGGACGGUGGAGACGAGACCGUUGUCGGCGAGAAAGGUGUCACGCUCUCUGGUGGUCAGAAACAGCGUAUCUCCCUUGCUCGCGCACUCUACAGCAAGGCCCGCCACGUCUUACUGGACGAUGUGCUGAGUGCAGUAGAUUCUCACACCGCUAAAUGGAUCUUCGAGUAUGCACUUACUGGUCAGCUCAUGCAGCACCGGACUUGCAUUCUCGUGACCCACAAUGUCAGCUUAGCGCUACCGCCUGCUGAGUUUGCGGUUGUUCUCGAUAACGGAAAAGUGGUCGCACAGGGCACAGCGAACGAGGUCAUCUCCUCCGGCAAGCUCACUGAAGAUUUGACCAAGUCACGACCAGGUUCACGAGGCGCAUCAAAGGCACCUUCGCGAGUACCGUCCGAAGAGUGUCUUGAUGAGGCAGAAGAGGCAGCGCAUGUCAACGGUUCUGCUGAUGACAAGCCCAACGGCACCGUAGACAAAAAGAAGUCGACAAACACUGGCCAGGAAGAAACCAAGGCUGAAGGCGGUGUCAAGCUGAGCAUCAUAAUCAUGUACCUCAAGGCUAUGGGCCCAUGGUACUACUGGGUGGGUGCAACGCUUGCCUUCGUUGCUGCACAAUUGUCUUCAGUAUCCACGAACCUAUGGAUCCGCACAUGGGCAAACGCAUAUGCGGAAAAGGGCUAUGCGGCUGCCGGAAAUCACCACCGAUCACCAAUCACACAUGCACCGACGCUCAGUGGACUGGGGACUUGUAUGAACAGCGGUACCUGCAGCUGGAACUUCCCGUUCUCAGCGCCAGAGAAGGAGCGGGAGUAUUCUUACACCUACAUGUCCACAGGUUUCAGGAUCAUGGACAACGAUGUUGACACGACCUACUUCCUCGUCGUCUACGCUAUCCUUGGACUCAUCUUCAUGUUCAUCACUUUCUUGCGAGAAGGCUUCCUGUUUGGUGGCUCACUAGCAGCUUCACGGCGCAUUCAUGAGAGGCUGAUCCAAAAGGUCACGCACGCCAAGUUCCGCUUCUUCGACCAAACCCCCUUAGGUCAGUUGAUGAACAGGUUCUCGAAAGAUAUCGAGAACGUCGAUCAAGAAGUCGCACCGGUUGCCAUUGGCGUCGUGCAUUGUUUCGCGUCCAUUAUCACCAUUGUCAUCCUGAUCUCCAUCAUCACACCUGCCUUCUUGAUCGCAGCUUCGGUCAUUUCAGUGCUGUACUUCCUCAUUGGUCGCUUCUACAUCAACUCCUCUCGCGAUCUCAAGCGUCUUGAAUCUGUUCACCGAAGCCCGCUGUAUCAACAGUUCGGCGAGACCCUAUCUGGCAUGACUACCAUCCGGGCUUAUGGCGACGAACGACGCUUCAUCCGCGAGAAUCUGGCCAAGAUUAACACUCAACACCGACCUUUCAUCUACUUGUGGGCGGCGAACAGGUGGCUCGCGUUCCGCGUAGAUGUGGUUGGUGCAUUGGUCGCAUUCUUCUCGGGUGCAUUUGUCAUCCUCAGCGUUGGACGUAUUGAUGCAGGUGCCGCUGGUCUUGCCUUGACGUAUGCCGUUACCUUCACAGAGAACGUGUUGUGGUUCGUCCGAUUAUACUCCGCAAACGAGCAGAACAUGAACUCUGUGGAGCGUGUCAAGGAGUACCUAGACGUCGAACAAGAAGCGGCGGCUGUCAUUCCCGAGACACGACCACCAUCCAACUGGCCAAGCAAGGGUUCUGUAGAGUUCAUCGGCUACACAACACGCUACAGGCCAGACUUCGAUACUGUGUUAAAGGAUGUGACCUUCAAGAUCCUCCCCGGCGAGAAAGUUGGUGUUGUAGGCAGGACAGGUGCUGGCAAAAGUUCGAUGGCGCUUGCACUUUUCCGAGCGCUAGAGGCAGAGAAGGGCAAGAUUCUCGUCGACGAUAUUGAUAUCGGCUUGAUUGGUCUGCAGGAUUUGCGGGAGAACAUCGUAAUGGUACCGCAAGAUCCAACACUCUUUACCGGCACAAUCCGAAGCAAUCUCGACCCCUUCUCCAUCUUCACUGACGAAGAGAUCUACACCGCUCUCCGGGAAGUGCACUUGAUCUCAACCGAAUCUCUACCUGCCUCCGGUAACAUCACUCCAACUGGAGUCAGCACACCCCCUCGGGCGAUCGAAAUCCCCAAUCCUACAAGUGGAGCCGUUACAGCCGAUGUGGCGGCCAGCUACUCUGCCUCCACGGUCAACCCCAGCUCCAUCCUGCAAAACCUUGAUCUGUGCCGUGCAGAUGCCGACGACACCAUCAUCGUCAUGCCAGAUGGUGAAGUUGCAAGCCCUGACCAGGUGGCACAAUCAGCAAUGCAAACAGAUAACAAAAACCCCUUCAAGCACCUCAACUCGCCCGUCUCGGAGUCCGGAUCCAACCUCUCUCAAGGCCAACGGCAACUUCUCUGCCUGGCGCGUGCCUUGCUCAAAGCUCCGAAAGUGCUCCUCAUGGACGAAGCCACUGCCUCCAUCGACUACGCGACCGACGCCAAGAUCCAGGAGACGAUCCGCCUCAUCAAAAACACAACCAUCACCAUCGCUCACAGACUGCAGACUAUCAUUGAUUACGACAAGGUGCUUGUGCUUGACAAGGGUAGCGUCAUUGAAUUCGGCAACCCCUUCGACCUCGUCACUAAAGAGGGAGGAAGUUUCAGAUCGAUGUGCGAAACUACGGGCGAACUCGACGCUCUCAUUGCUACUGCGAAGGCCGCACACGAGGAGCGGAAUAAGACAGCGAGUGCUUAGAAGCAUUAUGUGAAUGUUUGCAAGAAACGGAGAGGACGAUCACGCUUUGUUGAUGUAAAUGGAACGCGUGUUAGAAAGUUAUAUGGGCUAGGAGGCUUUUUGUAUUCAAUGCAUGGGCGAGAUCAGCAUUUUAUUUUCCUUUUCAUUACAUUAUUUUCUUUUGUCAAUAGGGAAUGGGGUGUUGGGCUGGGUGGCUUUUUGCUGCAUCUGCAUAGUUUCAGGGUAGAUAUGGAAAAGUAGCGUUUCGCCAUUUUUG